CUGACAGCAGGGACAACUCUGGAGAAGGGUGGUGCUACAACAGGCGACGUACAAUAGAGAUUGCACCAAUAGAUAUAUUCAGCUUUCUACGUGAUCUGCUGUUCCAGGAGAGCAGUGCACUCAGGGAUUCAAGCUCAGCACACACACACCUGCUGCAAAUGAAUUCUUCAUAAGAUACACAGACGUCAGUGAGUGACUGGAGCCUAACCCGACAGUGACUGUGCUGCAGGCUCAGGAGUACCAUGCUGCCCAGCUGUGCAUUCAGUGUGUGCCAUGUGUUUGUGUUGGUGCUGUGUCUGUCUUCGGCUGAGGACAUCGACUGGACAAAGAACGACCACAGCUCCUUCUAUUAUGGCACUUUUCCAGCUGGAUUUUCAUGGGGUGCCGGAAGUUCAGCCUAUCAAACAGAAGGAGCCUGGGACAAAGAUGGAAAAGGACUGAGCAUCUGGGACGUGUUCAGUCAUAAGAAAGGCAAAAUACAACAAAAUGACACCGGGGACUCCUCUUGUGAGGGAUACCACAAAGUCAAGGAUGAUGUUUCUCUGAUGAAGGAGCUGAAGCUUAACCACUAUCGCUUCUCCAUAUCCUGGCCUAGGCUCAUCCCCACUGGCAUAAAGUCUGACCAUAUAAAUGAAAAAGGAAUCCAGUACUAUGAUGGACUGAUUGACCAGCUGCUGGAGAGCAAGAUCACUCCCGUUGUAACUUUGUAUCACUGGGAUCUUCCACAGGUCUUACAGGAGAAAUAUGGUGGAUGGCAGAAUAUAAGCUUGGUCAAUCAUUUCAAUGAAUUUGCUAACCUGUGCUUUGAAAGAUUUGGCAACCGAGUCAAGUACUGGAUGACUUUCAACAAUCCAUGGUCUGUAGCAGUUGAAGGCUAUGAGACUGGCGAGCAUGCUCCUGGACUGAGACUGAGAGGAACAGGGGCAUACAGAGCUGCCCAUCACAUAAUCAAGGCACAUGCUAAAGUUUGGCAUACUUAUGACACACAAUGGAGGGCAAAACAAAAAGGUCUGGUUGGCAUCUCUCUGUCUGGAGAUUGGGGAGAGCCGGUGGAUAUGAGCAACCAGAAAGACAUUGAAGCAGCUGAGAGAUACGUCCAGUUCUACCUGGGCUGGUUUGCCACACCCAUCUUUCACGGAGACUACCCUCAAGUGAUGAAAGACUUCAUUGGAAGGAAGAGUGUCCAACAGGGCCUUGGGACGUCUCGCCUGCCCACAUUUUCCACCCAAGAGAAGAGCUACAUCAAGGGCACCUGUGACUUCCUCGGCAUCGGCCAUUUCACCACCCGCUACAUCACCCAAAAGAACAACCCAUCAGGUCGAAGCAGCAGCAGCUACUUCACUGACCGUGACCUGGCGGAGCUGGUUGACCCUCGAUGGCCUGACCCCGGGUCUGAGUGGCUCUACUCCGUGCCUUGGGGUUUCAGACGUCUGCUCAAUUUUGUCAAGACUCAGUAUGGAAACCCAAUGAUUUAUGUUACCGAGAAUGGAGUCUCUGAGAAGAUGUUAUGCACAGAGCUGUGUGAUGACUGGAGGAUACAGUAUUAUAAAGACUACAUCAAUGAGAUGCUGAAAGCUAUCAAAGAUGGAGUUAAUGUGAAGGGCUACACCGCAUGGUCCCUGCUGGACAAGUUUGAGUGGGAUGAAGGCUACUCCGAGAGGUUUGGCUUGUACUAUGUGGACUUCAGGAACAAAAACAAGCCUCGCUAUCCCAAAGCUUCUGUUCAGUUUUACAAACGCGUCAUCAGCUCCAAUGGAUUUCCCAAUCAGAGAGAGGUUGAGAACUGGAGGAGGAAGGCUAUUGAGACCUGUUCCUCAAGCAACCAGCUCCUAGCUGCAGAGGAACAGCGGAGUACUGCUGCCAAUAUUCUAAGACUUAUACAUGACCCUUUGACCAGUCACAUGGAGAUGGUAACUGAGAUCGUUGUUCCCACUGUGUGCACACUCUCUAUUUUGCUCAGUGCCGUCUUCCUUAUGUUCCUGCUGCGGAGGCGGAACUAGACAGUGUGCUUGUUUACAAUCACACACACACCUUUUCUUUCAUGGAUCAUGUGUGAACAUAAAUACAUUAUUUGAACUGAAUUUCGAUGGAAUUAGUAACUUCAUUCAGUUGAUGUGCAUACAGUAUUUGCUGUAAAAACAUUGGUUUAGCCUUUUAAAAAUCAAUUUACUACCAGACACUCAAAGUCAGUGUGGAUAGACCUGCAACAUGUUGGAUUUUCUUAUUACAAUAUUGUUGUGGAAUAUUACCAUUGCGAACAGCCCUUGUGAUCUAUUGUUUUAAGCUGUUCAGCAAAAAAACUUUUCAAAAUCUUUCAACUGCUAUAUUGAACUUUUUUUUUUUUAAAUCUGCAAAUGUCAUAAUAAAGAUGCAAUUAGAAAAACCAUGACAGUGUCACAGAACAUAGAUUCAAAAGGACUGAAAGUUGUUUAUUCAAAAGAUUUGACAAAAAUACAGUAUAUUAACAGAAACGUAUACUAUGUGAUGUAGUAAUUGCAGAUGAUAAUACCAAAAAUGACAAUAAACACCUCCUUUGUUGUUUA